UGCAUUUAGGAGCUUCAUUAUUCAGACACAUUUAUUGUUGAGCAAAGCAAAAAGAAAGAUGGGUCUUGUUAUUGUUUUAUUUCUCUUAUCUCUUCUCGGUCUCUCACGUCAUACAGAAAGUUGGAGCGAGGUUGGCAUUAACUAUGGCACCAUAGGGAACAAUUUGCCGUCACCACAUGAAUCCAUUAAGCACAUCAGAUCUAUGAAAGCUAGCCGUGUGAAGCUCUACGAUUGCAAUCCUGAAAUCUUGAAAGCACUAUCAGGGACCAGGAUCCAAGUUUCCAUUAUGGUCCGAAACAAUGAAAUCUCAAGCAUUGCUUCAAGCCAGACCAUAGCUGACCAAUGGGUCAAGACCAAUGUCCUUGCUUACUACCCCAAAACUCUGAUCCGAAUCAUACUUGUUGGCAACGAAGUCCUUAGUUACAAUGAUCAGAAAAUGUGGUGUGAUCUUGUCCCGGCCAUGCGUAAAAUCCAACAUUCUCUCAGAGCACAUAACAUCACAAACAUCAAAGUGGGUACUCCAUUUGCCAUGGACGUAAUGCAUUCAACUUUUCCACCAUCAUCUGGGACGUUCAGGUCCGAUAUAACUGCCACCGUGAUGUUACCAUUGCUAAAAUUCUUAAAGGGUACUCACUCUUUUUUCUUCAUCCAUGUGUACCCUUAUUUCCCUUGGUCAGCCAACCCCAACAACAUUCACAUUGAUCAAGCACUACUAAAAGAAACUUUUCAUUAUACUGACCUCGUAAAUGGCUUAAUCUACACAAAUCUUCUUGACCAAAUGCUCGACUCUGUGAUCUUCGCCAUGACCAAGCUCGGGUACCCAGACAUACGGCUUUCGAUAGCUGAGACAGGCUGGCCAACCGCAGGUGAUGCAAAUCAACACGGAGCGAAUGUCCACUUUGCAGCCACGUACAACCGAAAUCUGGUGAAAAAGAUUGCAGCAAAACCAGCAAUUGGAACUCCAGCAAGGCCUGGCAUGGUCAUACCAACAUUCAUAUUUGCAUUGUACAAUGAGAACCAAAAGAGUGGUCCAGGGACAGAGCGGAACUGGGGCUUGUUACACGCAGAUGGGACACCGGUUUACAAUAUCGACUUGAGUGGGAAGCAAGCAGCUUUCUCAUCAGACUUUGUACUACCGGUGCCCGUGGGGAAUCAUAAUGUGACGCAUAGGCAUAGGGGAGAGGCUUGGUGUGUGGCGAAGGCAGAGGUGGAUUUGAAUGCGCUACACUCGGCAUUGUCGUUUGCAUGUGGUCUAUGUGAGACCUGUGGUGCUCUUGCGCCUGGGAGAGAGUGUCAUGUACCAGGUUCAAAUUCAUUGACUUUGCAUGCAAGUUUUGCGUUCAGCUCUUACUUUGCAAAGUUCCACAAUCUGGGUGCGACUUGUGACUUCAACGGACUUGCUAUGCUAACCACAAACAAUCCCAGUCAUGGAUCUUGCAUGUUCCCAAGUGUAACUCUUUGAAGAUAUAUGAUUGUGAUUCUUCCGCAAGUUAAAUUGACACUUCGGCAGCUGAUACACAGGAGACGACGAUUCAUUGAUAUUUUCAAACUAUUAUUAUACAUCUUUUUAAGUAAUUGUGUUAGUCUUCCUCCCCUCCCACCCCUCCUAACUUGUAUCACGUCUACUUCAUUUAAUUGAUGUUAGUUCAAUGACAUAAUAAAUACAUAUUUGUAAUA